CAGUGUGGCCGGCGCCGACGCGACAGCGGGCGAGCGUCGUGCUCGUGCCCUCGUUUGGAGAUUAUUUCACACGCUAGAACAGUGUAUUGUGAGGUGUUAUAAGAAGGUUUAUUUCUGCGUGUUUGUUUUGUAUUUUUGUGAUGAGUUUGGAGGAGAGGUCGAAGAGGAUUGUGUGUUGAGACUUUUUGUCAAGUAAUCCAGUGUUGAGUGUGCCUCUAAAGUCCAAUCAAGAUAAACGCCCUUUCUCAAGCGAACAUCCGAGCAAUUCAAAGCAGAAAGCAAGAGUCAUCUCGAUCAAACCAUGGCACAACCGACCCCGGGCGGUUACCCUUACCCUCAGCCUGGCGGGCACAGUCCUUACCCCGGAGUUCAGGGAGGUUACCCAUACCCACCACAAGCGGGUCAAUACCCACCACAGCCGGGUCAGUACCCUGCACAACCCGGGUAUUAUCCGGGUAAUCAAGGACAAUAUCCACCACAAGGACAAUAUUCUCAAGGACAAUACCCUCCACAAGGACCAUAUCCUCAAGGACCAUAUCCUCUCCAAGGGCAGUACCAACAACAGGGGCAGUACCCACCACAAGGCGCCUACCCACCCCAGGGCGCUCCUCCGCAAGAAUCCGCUCCUCUAAUGGGUUUUCUGAAGCCGGAGACGGCUGCCAAACUGGAGGGCCGCGCCUCACCGACUCCGGACGAGGAGCUGGCAGAGGAGGGCAGUGACCCCUCGCCGACGGCGCCGCCCAUCGACUCCAUGGACAAGCUGCCCGGCUACGAAGGACUCGACUUCACUGGAGGGGGAGCGCCUCCGCCGCCUCCUGCCGCCCUGCCCCCUCCGCCGGAGAAUUACGGCCAGGUGAACGUGCAGCACGAAGUACCCAGCACUGAGAGGAUCAGAGAGAUUGUGGCCGGCUAUGUGGCCGAGCACUGCUGCUUCGGAAAGGGACCCAUCGAGGACAUGAAGAUUGUCACCGUAACGCCCACACCAGCCAUGAAGUACACGCUCGAGACCAUGACGGAGACGCGCAUCACGAGAUGGAACUACGUGCCGUGGCGUGGUGAGACCGUGCCGCCGCCCAGCGGUCCUCCGCCAGGACCCUGGGACGUGCUGAUCACCCUGGAGCCCUCCCAGUGGUUUCAGCUGGUCUAUCUGCCUGUCCCAGCCGCUGACAAUGCUGAGGUCACUGACCUGACCUCUACCCUGGGUCAGCUUACAAGUCACACCGUCCCGCUGCUGGUAGUUACUGACCCUGCCGAUAGAGGUCUCUGGCUGCUCGAACGGGAGCUGAAUAGAUCGGAAGAGUCGGUGCUACGUAAUUCGGUGCAGCAGCUGGUUAUUCGGUUGAACUUUCAAAGAUACCUACCAGUUGCCAGUCACAGCGCAUUCUACCGAAAUAUCUACGCCAUCUUCCGAAGACUACAAUCACUAGGGUUUUACCCUUUUGCCCAUGAGCCUAACUACUUUACUGAAGAUAAUGUGACAGUGGAGGGGCUAGAGAAUCGUGUGUACCCUUCAAUGGAUAUCGGGUGGAUGAGAACAGCGUGUUUUCCGUAUGAUAGUUCUUAAUUGUUCCGUUCGAAAUGGGUCUGCUGUAUGAAUACGCAUAAAUAAUAAUAUAAGUCUAACGUUAGAGUCCGAACUUUUCUGUGUUCUCCUAUUCUCCUAUAUCUAUUCUUAUAUAGAGAGAAGUUGCUACCAGUACCAGCUUAUUAUUGCGGUAGUGAAUUUACCUUAGUGUUGUAGACUGGUCUUCCGCCCAUCUUCACAUUUUAUCACGGCCACGGCCAGCACUGCAGGUCUCAUGAGUGAGCCUAAAAUGUCCACUUUCAUCAUUAGUCAUAUUAAUUAUCUGCUGUUCUUCGUGAUAUCCUUGUACCGUUCGUUGCCUAACUACAAACUCGAAAAAAUAUAUUUAAUCGUUUUGGUGGCAGGACGGGGUUGUUCGUUUUGUGCUAGUUUAUGUUUAAAUGUCGGUAGAUUGAGGUUGAUAUACUAUAUAGGACUUCGUAUCUUUUCGUGUACUUGCUGCAUUUUACUGUACCCGCAACUGCACCCUUAGCUAUUUCAUGCAUAAAUGAAGACCAUACUUGGAAACUGAACUUAUCAGGGGCGGUUAAAGAUACUUCGCUGUAGAAAGUUAAACAUGGCGCAUGUUUAAAAAUUCAGUAGAUAUCACAGCAGGCAUGUGCUGAUUGCGAUGACACCUGAAUCGACCGUAUUUUACACAUGUCGUAACUCGUAACCACAGCAACAACGCUACAUGCCGCUGAGCCUUUCACUUGUGCUGCAACUGUCGUGGAGUGAGCAUGCUUCACAACCUUGCGUUGUGUAUCUGAUCUUGGUCACGCUCCCCUGAAGACAUCACCAUAGCCUGCAAGUCCCUCCGUGGCCUACAACAGACUCGUGAUGGCCGUCCAAAGGAAGCUAUUUCUUCUUUGGAAUUCAACCGCCGCCCCGGAACAAGAUGAUUCUUGGAGGCAAGAGAUCAACAUCACAGCAAUCCACGAUCCUCCGUACUUCUCCAUCAAACGUCUGGCGAACGGCUCACACAGCUUCGGCGGAUACAUGCACGACGUGUGGCAAAUUAUAGCUGCCAAUAUGGAUCUCAAGUACCGCAUUAUUCCAUGUCCCGGAGGAGGAUAUGGUGUUCUGGACUCGAACGGCACCUGGAACGGCAUGGUGGGAGAGCUAGCUUCAGGACGUGCCCACCUGGCGCUGAACGGGUUGUUCUACAAUCGCCAGCGAACCAGCGUGGUGGAUUACGUCAGCUCGACGCCACUAGACCAACAGCAGAUCAGUUUCUUUGUGCGUCGCGGGUCACGCGCGAUGCCUACCUUGUCGGCAGAGUUGUUCGCAGGUCUUCUCACACCACUCGAUAACACCGUCUGGUGGGCGUUGCUUGCCUCGAUGAUCGUGCUGUGGUUGGCCCUCUGCGUGACUUUGCGUCUUGGAGACCGCCGUACGCAGGAUCCUCAAUCGACGAACGAUCUUCACUGGACCCUGUGCCCGUUAUUCAUCUACAGCACGAUAGUGUGCCAGGGGUGGAGUAUCGUCCCUGAGGUCCUCUCCGCUCGCACUGUUACCAUCUUCAGUUGGAUACUCGGCCUCAUCAUCUACACCUCCUACACGGCCAACUUGAUCUCCCACUUGGCGGUGGACCGCAUGCAGCGACCCAUCAACAGUCUAGAGGAGUUCUCCAAGCUCCCAGACUGGUCUCUUGCCGUGGAACCUGGCACGAGCCUCAUCAGCGCAUGGAGAUACAGUCACAAUCCUUACGAGCGACAUCUGUACAGUCGAGUCCUGGACGGGAAGAAUCUGGUGUAUCUGAACGACUCCGAAAGCGCUGUUCAGCGGGUUCUGAGACCUCGGGUUCUCGUGGUCAGUCCCCUGAAUCGGCUAUUCCACUGGCUCGGAACAGAUGGAUGCCACUUUGUCCCACUUUUAGAUGUUGAAGCGUACGGUAAGAAACCAGUCUUCUUGGCGCUUGCCAAGAGAAAAAAGAAACUACGACUGGCGCUCGAUCGCCAGCUAUUGAGACUCAAGGAGCUGGGUCUGCUGGACGAACUGUGGAGAAAGUGGAUAGACGUAGACCCCAGCAUGUGCGAAGUACCGUCAGGAUACCGUGCGGUGUCUCUCACUGAUCUCGCAGCCGUUGUUCUUGUAGUUGUUUUCGGUGUGGUGUUCAGCCUGGUCGCACUAGCGGUAGAGCUGGUUGUGUUUAGAGCCUGUCACGCGUGCAGGACUGCAAGAUGUCGAUGUGUUAGUCGCUCAGGUCGGGCUGCGAUGGCAGCAUGGGGGCCGGAAGCUAAAAAGGGAAUGAAAAUGAGACCAUGAUGAGGGGAUGUCAGGACGUCGUCACGGCACGUUUUUCUGACGGCGCAUCGCGUGUCAUUUUGGCAUCAUGUACAUUUUACGUAUAUGAUCAUUUGAAGUGUAUAUUUGUGCUCUGUUCUAAGACAUUUUAAUAUCAAUAUGUAUAUUAUAUAAUAUGACAUAAUUUUCACACGGCUGUUUGGCGUAGAAGUGUCCAUCACCCUUCAUUCUAGAUAAAUGCUUACAAUGGCUCAACCAUGAAAUGCAGUAUGAACAUCAACCAUAUGCUAAUGUGCACAUGAAUGAAUUAACUAUGAAGUGUUUACUACACAAUGAAUACACAUCCGCCACCGCCACAAGAAUGAA